AUGCGACCGUCAAGGGACGAGUUGGGACUGAGUGCUGAUAACCUUCCGUCUUACACCAACCAGUUCAAAUUGUCUGUUCCACGCUUUAAAAGAAUAGAUUUUUCUGAUGUAGUAGAUGAAGCAAUUGAGGAGCGUAAACCGGCUUGGAAAAGUUGGCAAGAGUCCAUUAAAGAUUCUUAUUACCAGGUAAGCUACGAAAUAAAAUUUUUUGACUCUCAGCUUGAGCAGCAACGCCAUUUGCGUAGAUCUCAGAGUCCAUUUGAAGAGCUUUCCUUGCGCAGCGGAAGCCGACGACUUCCAAGCUACCGUCUGGCAGGAACAAGAAAUACUGGCUCACUGGAUUCUGGUGAACGAACAUCGCUCAUUUUAGGGCCGUACGCAGCUCCUGCAGUUUCUGUAACUGCAGGCAUUGAAUCUCGUUACGAUUCCAAAGUUGAUGAUGUUGAAGCACGGCUGCUAAAAACGUCAAUUCUUCCUGAUUCGAUGAAAACAGUGACAAAACGCACUCCACGGAAGUCUUCAGCUCCAGUUUACACAAUUGACCCAGAGGACGAGUCGUACAUACCCCGACCUUACUAUAGCCGCCCACCACACCGCGAUGAUCCGGACUAUUUUGAUUUUGAUUUGCAAUAUUCGGUUGAUAUGUAUAAACGACCAGAAGGGAAAUAUGUCCCAAAAGGGCCACAGGUAUGGGAAGAAAAACUUCUUGGUGAAGCCAAGGCAAAAGGUGAUGUUCCACUUUCAGGAUACAUGUUUACAAAAGGUGACAGUGACUGGCGCACAAAUGGGACUUCUUACUUAAGCGCAGCUUUAAGGACGCCGUCAUUCUGGGAACACCGUUUCGAAUCAAUGGGUCGUGAAGUUCGGGAUAGCAACCCGAUCAGUUUGGAGAGCAUUGCAAGAAACAAACCUACACCAAGUCGCUGGACUGAAUAUCAUGACCCAGAACUUGAGGACGAUCUCUCUGAUAGUGACUGA